GGUCCAAAACCAAGUAUAAAAUUACGGGUUAGCCACAUAUGUGACCAAAUUUCUGUAUCACCCUACCUGCCCUCUUCUUCCCCGUCUCACUCAAAACCCAUCGUCAAUUCAAUACCACUGACCCUUCUUGAGAUUCUUCGAUCCGGUAAAUCUUUACGCGAAGCUGAACAUCAAGAACCACUCAACAAUGGCGACCCAGAUCACGAAACGCAUGAUCUCUCUACUGUUAGCUCUGUUCUUGGUCUCGUCGACGCUCGCGAGCUCAGACGCCCCCUUCAUCGUCGCCCACAAGAAGGCCACCCUCACCAGGCUCAAACCCGGCAUCGAACGCGUCUCCGUCUCCAUCGACAUCUACAACCACGGAUCUGCGACUGCAUUUGAUGUAAGUCUAACUGAUGAUAGCUGGACUAAAGAUACUUUUGAAAUUGUCAGCGGGAACACUUCAAUGUCAUGGGAAAGGCUUGAUGCUGGGGCUCUUGUAUCACAUGCGUUUGAAUUGGACUCCAAAGUGCGGACACUGUUUUAUGGUGCACCUGCAGUUAUCACAUUCCGUGUCCCCACAAAAGCUGCCCUACAGGAGGCUUAUUCGACUCCGAUUCUACCUUUAGAUAUUCUUGCGGAUAAACCUGCUGAGAAGAAGUUUGAUCUGGCAUUGUGGCUGGCGGCGACCAAACUUUCUCAGGCUAAGAGGUUGUUGGCGCAGUACGGGUCCUUGGUCUCCGUGAUCUCCAUAGUGACUUUGUUCAUAUACCUACUUGCAUCACCAUCAUCUGGUAAUGCAAAAGGUGGCAAGAAGAAGCGCUAAUCAUUUGAGAAGAUAACAACUGCGUGUCUGUUAUGCACUCGGUUGGAGGAAGUAAUCCCCCGCCCCACUGUUGCAGCAAUAGAGUUUGUUUUUAGUUUCCUUUGAUACUUUUAAGCCACUGUUUUUUGGAGCUUGUUGGAGGUUUUUUAGAAAUGAGAGGAACAGCGUUUUAUUCUGCUACUUAUAUUCGGGCAGCUGUUGGACAAAACAAAAGUAAAAUCAGACCUUAAGCUGCCUCUCAAUGCUCCAUCUGUAGUUCUCUGUACUUUACUCGGUCAGUGACCUCUGAUGAAUUUUGAACUUUAGAUACCGUUUUUGCA